AUGCUUCUUGAACAGGGAUAUUAUGAUCCAUAUUGUCAAACUGAUCGGUAGGUUUGUUUUCUGGUCUGGCCGUCUGGCUUGUUUUACUGUUCUCGCUUUUCUCUUCAUGCAUGUGUUCAUUCAUUGCUAUGAAUUAUUCUUACAGUGUAGUGUAUGCAUUUUAAUUGAAAUCCAAUCUGCAGCUACAGUUUCGUAACCCAUUAAGUUGCAGAGUUUAUAAUGUAAUAUUUCCUAAAAUAAUCUGGUAAUGUCAAAGACAUGCUUAUUAUGAUCAAAAGUAUUGUGAUGGAUGUGUGGAAUUUAACUGGUGUUUUUGUUUGAUUACUGUUAGGGAUCUGCUAUCAUUUUUCAUCCCUCUCAUACAAAAGGAAUUGAAUAUUUUCAAGGAUACAAUAUGUAAUUCGCACAGGGUGAGAUGUCAGAAGGAUGCACUAAUGCCCAAAGGUGUUCCUUUACAUCUGUGUUCAUUCCCAGAAAAAUAUGGUGCUGAACAUUGUGGUAUGGGAGUAUAAUUGAAUGAUUAAUCUUUCAGAAAUACAGUACUUUGUUAUUUUCAUGUGGUGAUUAUUGAUUAUUCAUCAACAGGUUUUGAACUGAGGAAACAAGCUAUUGAUGAAGUUGCCCAACUAUCUGGAGUAAUGGAUGUAGGAGAUGAUUACUUGUCACAGCUUGUUAGACAGGAAUGUGAAAGAGUUAUUCCAGAAUUGGACAAUGUGAAACCACAAGAUGCAGCAACCACCUUUAUUUUCCUAAAAAAUUAUAGAAAUGAUGCAGGAAAUUGA